ACAUAUGUCUUUUGUUAUUUCAAAUUACCUAACGGCUUAACAGACGUUGGUCGGCUUUGUUGGCAGGUGGUAAGAUGGGGUGUCCCAUUGAAGUGUUACACUUUUAUAUGUAAAUGUGCAAGGUAAAUAAUGGAAAACUCGCCGUCUUGACUAACCAAACACCAGUCACCCACCACAAAUCCCAGGUCGCUGCUGCUGUUGUUUCGUUAAAUAGAGAUAGAUUUACUUAUACAACCUAUGUAAAUCAGAACUUUUGUAAUUCACGGGGGAGUGCUGGACUUUAUCAAGACACUACACAACUGUUUAUUUAACACCUUACCAAUAUUAAAGCUAUUGGUUCAAAAUUAGUAUAGAGAGUACCUUUAUUUUUACACUGGACCCACAGAACUUUUGAUAUCCAACAUGAAGACUGUAUUUAUGGAUUUAUUCAUUUGUGGUUCGAAACGAAAAAGGCCACGAGUUGUAUCUAAUCCACCCCAGAUUAAAAACUACAGUGUUGAUCAUGAUAGGAAGUCUCCAUGUGGUCAUGUGACCAAAGGAGGUGCUGAAUCUUUCUGCUCUGAAAGGUGGGAAGGUAAGAAAAUGAACAUACCUCACCGAAUCCUGACCCCGGAGGAUAGCAGUAAGAGCUUCACUAAAACUUUGGAGAGUGACAGCAGUGGAGACUAUAAUACACCUCAAUCUUCAUUUGCAGAUGGUGUUAGUCAUGGCAGUCAAGAGUCAUUGGAGAAACGAUCUAGUCUUACCCGGAUGAAAAGUUAUGAUGCAGUUGUAUUUGAUGUAUUACGUGUACUACCAGAGGAUUUUGCCAGUCAAAUAACUUUAUUGGAUUUACCUGUCUUUCAAGCAAUACAACCUGAGGAGCUGACUUCUUGUGCAUGGACCACAAAAGAAAAGUUGAUCAAAGCCCCCAAUGUAGUAGCUUUUACUCGGCGAUUCAAUCAUGUGAAUUUCUGGGUGCAGAGAGAAAUUCUUAGCUGCUUAACAUUGAAAACAAGAGCAGAAGUAUUAGCUCACUUCAUAAAAAUAGCCAGAAAAUUACUUGACAUGAACAAUUUACACUCAGUGAUGGCUGUGUUAUCAGCUCUUCAGAGUGCUGCAAUAUUCAGAUUGUCCAAGACAUGGAUGAUGUUGUCUCGAAAAGAUAAAUCCUCCUAUGAAAAGAUAGCAGACCUCUUCUCUGAGAACAACAACCGACAAAAGUUACGAGAUUACAUGGAUCACGUCAAAUUGCCAUGCAUUCCUUAUUUAGGGUUGCACCUAACUGACUUGAUCUACAUAGAUGUUGCUCAUCCACACUCAGGAGGUCUAGAAAGCCAUCCACGGAGGAUACAUAUGAAUAAUAUUCUUAGGGUCAUUGCAGACUUCCAACAGUCUAAAUAUGUAUUUGGAUUUUCUCCAAAUCAGCUUCAGGUUUUAGAACAUGUACAAAAUUAUCUCAAGUCUGUUCGCUAUAUUGAAGAAUUACAGAAGUUUGUUGAAGAUGAUAACUAUAAAUUAUCUCUCAAGUUAGAACCACCUAGUCAAGGCCAGUCACCUUUAUCCUCUUCUCGUGAAGAUGUUUCUGCGCUACCCUCCUCCCCAGCUACAGAGCCAAGGUGUACAAACAUCUUAAGUCCAGGUUCUGCUCCUCAAAUGAAAUUCAAUCCAGGACAUCGGAAAUGUAAAAGUUUAGGAGCAAACUCCUAUUUGUGUUACAGCUUCAUGAGCUGUACUCACCCUCAUGAGAAAGCCUUCAGUCUACCGUCACGCACUACUGCACCAUAUGUGCAAGGCAUUCGACAUCUGCUGGAUGACAGUGUUUUAGAAGAGUCACCAUGUGCCUCGAAUGAAGGUUCCAUGUCAGGGAAAUUGACAGCUUUUGAUCGUGAUAUCACAUUCACAUGUAAUCUUGAGCCAGAUUCUUUUUGGCCAGCUAUUGAAAGAACCCGUGGCUCUGAAGACACGCAUGAUAAAUUUGAAACAAAUUUCACAUAUGAAGGGUGCUUACGACGUAAAACGUUGCUCAAAGAGGGAAAGAAACCUACUGUGUCAUCAUGGACACGGUACUGGGUUGCCUUGUGGGGUUCCUCGUUAAUUUAUUAUCCAGCAAAAUCUUUACGAGGAAGUGAACGAGCUUCUUUCAAAUCUUGUCCAAGCAAAAUGGUUUCGAUAAUCGGGUGGAUGGUUGUCAUGGGAUGUAAUCCUUUCCAGCCAGAUUCAUUCAAACUGUCAAAUCCCACUAAAGGAAAUGUUUACAAAUUACGAAGUGGAUCGCAAGCUGAGGCAUUGGUCUGGUGUCAACAUCUUGAAGAAGCUAUCAAACAUUCUCAGCCAAGGUUGCGGCCAAAAUGUUCAGAACGGCAUUGUUUUCGUCAGAAAAACGCCAGUUAACCUUAUGUCAUUUGAUUGAAGAAGAAAUGACAUUCCUUCUGGUGUGAGUAGCAGAGACCAUUUGGUAACUUUGUGGAAGUCCUUACCUAUGUUCCUGCAGGAUAAACUGAUAUCUUGACAACGAUCUUAAUCAUGCUGCUGCUACUGUAUGUGUUGAUAAGUGUAUCGAUGCUGUGUGCCUGUGGUUGUUGAUGCUUUAUGUUUGUAAGUGCGCCAAUGAUGUUUGUGGCAUAUAUGAGUGUAUGGGUGUUAGUUGUAAGUACGUGUGACUGUAAUGUGUGUAGAUGUGACGUGAUUGAGUGGAUGUAUUCGUAAAUAAACUGAAGCAGACUGCAUGAUAUGCAUUGUGACCACUAAUACAGUACUUGACCUUGCUACCUGCCUUACCUCUCUGUCAGUCUUCAAAUCUCUGUUAUGUAACUUAAAAAUUUCAGGCAACAAUAGACAGACAAAAAAUGUAUUAUACUGAAGAAAAGAAAGUCAAACAUGCAUAAAAUAAAGAAAAUUAAUCAAAGCAAAACAAACGUGUUGGAAAGGUGAGACAGGUGAGCAGGAAAGGAUAGAUAUACUUGGAUGAUUGCACUCCUGAAGGACAGAGGCCCUCCCUCCCAUACCUCUACACUACCAAACUCAGUGGUUUCUUUUGAAAAUUGUUAGUGAGCCAAAGAUGAGUAGUCUGGGAGCACCAAAGGAUCAUGCUGGUCCAGGUGCCUCAGUCUAUGAUUUGGAAAUGGUAAAAGUAACUUACUUUUACCAUUGUCACUAUCAAUAUUAUUAUUAUUACUACUACUACUGCUGCUACUACUGCUGCUGCCUAGUCCCAGUUAUUAGAGUUCUUCCCAUGAAGAAUAUUUAAAGCUGCCUUGUUUCCUUUAUUUUUUCAUUUCUCUUUAAUUUCUUAAUAAAAAAAAAAGACAAGAAUAAAAUAUUGACUUACAUACGUGUAUGCAUACGUGAAUAUAUAUACAUAUUUGUUUGACCGCGCGCGCGCGUGUGCGUGUGGAUAUGUUCAUUCAUUCAUACACACACACACACGCGCGUACGCAUGCAUAUAUGAUGUUAAGGUUAUGUAUGGACUGGUGUUUGAUGGCUGUAAUUGAGUUAUUGGUUUGUCUGGAAUUGUUUGAGAAAGAAAAGAUAAAAAAAAAAAGUAAAAAAAAAAGAAAAAAUCAGGCUGAAACUUUUAUUUGACGAUAACGAAAUUUCAGUGAGAGUUGCCUCUCUUGAAACAAAAAGGUUAAAAAAAAAAAGAGAAAAAAACCCCAGUGAGAUGAAACGUUGAGCUGUUUCCGGUAUUUCUACAGUGCCUGCAUCCGGUUUGUGCUAUGCAACGUAGAUAUUGGCUGCUGCAAUAUGACUAUACUAUUGAUGAUGCUGUUGUUGUCCUUCGUGUAUUGCCGUUCAGUGUUUGAUUUUGUGCGUCUAUAUAUAUAUAUAUAUAUAUAUAUAUAUAUAGUGUCGAAACGUACCAGGAAAUCCGGCCUCUGCUACUAAAGAAUCGAAGAACCUGUCAUUUCAUUGUUUCAUAUGUAGUGUGUGUCUUUCUGUUUAGAUGUUGAUAUUUAUUUCAUUUCUAUAUGCAGCUGCUUCGAUGUGUAAUUGAUGUCUGCUCAAUUGAUUUCUUCUUGUUUGUAUUUUCUUUCAUUGUUUUUCUUUUUUUGUUUGUUUGUUUGUUUGUUUGUUGGUGUUGUGCUCCUUAUUGUCUUGAAAUCAAUUUUAGUUUAUCAAUCUGAUUUCUCAAAAUAGUAUCGGAGCGAAAAAAAUUCCUGGAAGAUUCUCUUUAAAAUAAAAAAAAAAAAGAAGCUAAACAAGAAACCUAAACAAACCUCGAAAAAGACGUCUUCAUGAUGAUACGGCUUAUGACAUUAAAUUUCCUUUGAAGAUGGUAUUUUCACUGUAGCUAUAGGUAUAAACAACAUAUGCCUUUUAUUUUGUAUGAAAUUCUAAGAGAUGAGGUUAUACAGCGUUUAGCUAUUGUAAAAUAAACAAAAUUUAAAUAAUUUGACUUAUAAGGAGGUAUACUUCCAACCAUUUAUUUCAAAGUAAAGUUUAAACUAAUCGCAUUAUUAUUAUUAUUAUUUAUUAUUACUAAAAAUUCAUUUGUUUUAUUAUUUGGAACUCCUCAUUAUUUAGGCCUCAUUAUUUUCAAAUAAAAAUUAUCAAAAUUUAAAGCAAAUUCAAAAUAAUUUUUGAUGGUAUAAGCAUUUCAGUGUUUUCCCUUCUCCGAGAUCAUCAAUUUUUAAGAAAGUUUAAACAGAUUUUAAAUUCAUAAUAUAAGUAAAUUAAUAAAAAUAUACGAGAAUUAAUUACUAAAUGAGCACUAAGGAAGAUCUGUUGGGUAAUUUCUGAUGAACUUAUUUUGACAUUUGUAGAUUACAUUCUAAAUUUGUUGGUAUUGCAUCAGGGCAGGAUAAUUCUACAUUAAGUAUUUUUCUAGUAGUAUGAUUAACAAGAAGCAAUGUGAUUAAUUAGUUAAUAGUAUGCUUCUUUUGAGCUGUGAGAAUCUGGUUAAAUGGUAUUAUAUCUCAUUUACAUAAUGUUUGCAUAAGAUUGUCAUGAGCCAUUAUUGCAGAAUUCUUAAAACCCAAAUUCUAAACAAAGUUUAAGUGAACUUACUGGUAGCGACUCAUUUGAAAGUUUUCUAAACUCAUGAGUGAAUUGCUCAUAAAGUAGUCUUUGAAUUCGACUAUCAUAAAAGAGUGUUGUUAGCCCAAGAAAUCUAUUUUAUGUAAUGUUAAGAGAUUUAUAGCUUAUAACAAAUAAAUCCAUAUAUAAAUUUCUUAAUUCCAUUCCACAUCCAGAUGUUCUUAAUAAUUGCUCAGUUUCUGCUGUAACUGUUAGUUCGUGUGUUUCUCUUUACAAAUGUAAUAAUAAUCUUAUUGUUUGUGUUUCUCUAAGGGUAGUUUACAAUUUUUGAAACAUUACAUAUAAAUUUGCCUGCACAAAUCUAAUAUUUCCCCCCAUUAAUAACACCAUAAAAAGAACAAUAUAAAUUAAGCAUUGUCCAUAAAGCAAUUAUUUUCUAAGGACUCUUCAGAUCACAGCUAUUCUAAAACCUUGCAGAUUAUAUAUUGUGUUAAUAUUUGCCCUUUGUAUCUUCUAUUCUAAAUAGUCUGCACCUUUUGCUAUGUCUUUUGUUUGCAUCUUCUGUUGCCAUAUUUGUUUUGUUUUUGUAUCUCUUGUUGCCAUACUCACUGUGCACUUUUAGCUUAAAUCCAUCUUUAAUAUAUUCUCUCUCAAAAAGCAUAUAAUUUCUCUUUUAAGUCAUCACUUACUUAACUGCAAGUCUUUGGUUAAUGAAAAAUAACUUUUAAAAUUAUAACAAAUAACAUCUGAGUCUGAUAGUGAGAUUUUCAUUUAUCUAUGACUCUUAUCGGGUAGAGUUUGCUAGUUUGGGCAAAUCUGUAUGCUACGGGGAAAGCACAAGAAGUACUGAGGUUUUGAGAAAACUGUUUCCUUGGAGAGAAAAAUAAAUUUAGAUAUUUAAGAUAUCCUUGAGACAAUUUUCUCAUCUAUCUUAAACAUUUACAUUUUUUCUCUCACCUGAAGAGCUUUGUUGAAACAGUGUUCCCCUUGUUUCACCAUGGCAUACAGAUUUAUUCAAAUUUGAGAACUUGAUUAGGUCAUUUUUCUUACAGUAGGUCAGUUGGUUAUUCAGACUUAGCCAUUUAUCUCCAUUCAUUAUGAAAUACUUUCAAAGUAUGUGUUAGGUCUCAUCAUUAUAUUCAUAAGAGAUAAAAGAGAAUAUAAGCUGUAUAAGGAAUUAUAACAUUCAGAUUUAUUGAUAGACUAAUAGGAUAGCAAUGCUGUUGGGUUAAUAAUUUAUUCAGUUAUCACACUUUUUAAAAUAUACCUUACAUAAUUAUAUGCAACACCACUUACCCUAACAAUUGUUAAUGUAGCGUUUAAUGGUUCCAUUAAAACAGUCACUAAUAUGUGUAUUGUGCUGUAGAAUCUCUUAAUGACAUUUAUUCUUUGAGCGCCAUUUGUUACUAUAAUCCUGACACAACCAGUUGUAGCAUCUAAAUUCAUUUGCUAGUCCUCAUAUAUCUUAUUGCUUAUUCUAUCUGUCAUCUUAAAGGAUACUUAGAUGUUUAGUUGCAAUCUCUGAUGUUCGAUCUAUUGCUCUUUUACUUGCAGAAUCUUGCAAAUUUUAUUACUCUAUUUAUACACCUUCUAAAACGACUAGCUUAAUUUGAAAAUGUCCAAAAGCAAUCUUACUGAACUUUGUUUCAUCAAACUAAAAGGGAGCGCGUCAAAUUUGUUUAAGGGAGAUAAUCCAAUCAUUACUGUAGAAGUUCACGAAACAGAAUAACUUAGUUUGCUGUGUAGAACAUAACUCAUAACAUUUUGGUCAGAAUGUUUUGCUGGAGAAAAAUAAAAUGUUUUCUGAAAAUCUUUCAUUUUUCUCCGAUGAAGGAUCCUACCUGAAACGUUAUUCUAUUUUUCCUCACAGCAAUCUGAUAUAUUCUAGUUGCUGAAUUUCUUGUACUUACUAUUUGCUGGCAAUAACCAUCACUAGUUUCUUCAGGUUCUGCUGUUUCCCAACCAUUAUCGUCAUUGACUGCAAUAUUGAAUGUUAUCCAUAAGGAUUUCAGUUUAAUUCACGCAUUUAAAACUCUAUCACAUCAAGGUCGGUGAUAACACGUGUGUGUGUGUAUGCAUCUGAAAACAUUAUUCCUUAAGUAACACGAUUGAUUGUUGCUGAGACAAUGUUACUCACGCUAUUCAAUAUUAAAGGAGCAAGUAAUAAUAAAAAAAACACACAACAACCCAACAAAGCAUUUUUUAAGUUUAUUGUCGUAGGAAAUGACUGUAAAAGUGAAGACAGCAUCACAUAGUUGUUGUGCUGUCUACUAGGCUACACUCAUUUUCAUUACUGACCAGUUAUUGGGGGUAUCAUUCAGAGAACACUGUGAAACAGUUGCAGACACAUUGUUCAAAUAAAAUUCAUAAAUAUUUAGAAGAAAAUCUUGCAGAGAGAAUAAUAAUAAAAAAAACCGAUAUCCUUAAAUCUGUAUGAGGAAUUCAGUUUCUAUCUUUGAUGAUUCUUAUUUUCUGUUUUCCUCAGAACAGACUAUUACUGUUAGCUGUUGGCUGCUUUUCUUGGCUUGACAUUUGAAAUGCGAUGAAUUCUGCAAGAAUGACGCUAUGAAUGACACCACCAAUGCAAGAACUGCCAUGGUGAUUUUGCUUAGCCAGCUGCUGAUGAGUUUGAUAACGUAGACAUCUGGUAUCAUUGGAAAUUUUGCUGUUGAUAGUAUUUAGUUGUGCACACUAAUGUGACAGGCUGGUGCAACAUCAGCAAUUUACAACAGAUAAUUCAAUGUGCUCCACAGAGUAACGUCAAUGUUACAGUCAUCUUGUUGAAUUUGGAAGAAAUGUUCUUAUUCAUACACACAUUUGCACUCAUCUCAUGUGUGUAUACAUACACACUAACAUAGAAAUUAUAUACCUUGAAUAUUAUUUUUUUUUACUAAUGAUAUUUUUAUGUCAUUUGAAAUUUAAUGUUUUGAAAGAGAAAAAGAAUUUUUUUUUUUAAAUCUCAGGUCUCUAUAUUUUUUAUUAUAGUUCUCAAAAUUUAUUUUGAAUGAAUUAGCAUUCAACCAACUCCUAAAAUAGACUAACCAACAAAAGACAUACAGUAGUAAUAGUUGAUUAAUUUCUUACAGCAUUUAUUUUGUUUGAUUAACUAUCAUCUUAGGUUUAAUGAUUAAUUUAUUGUGGUUUAAAAAUUUCUUUCAAUGUUGAUGCUAUGCAUCAGUUUGACAUUAUGGUAGUCUAGUUAUCAGGAAUCUACAAGAUGAUUAUAACAUUUAUGAUACAGACAUUGUGUAGAUGAUUUGUUAUCAUGGCAGCUAAGAUAUUUCAGUAUUAAAUAAUCUUAACUAAAAGUCAACUCAGUAUUUCUCUUACAUAUUUAGCUUCUCUAUAGCUUUUUCAGUAUAUAAAAUAAUGCAACAAGAAGGACUUAUUGGACAACUUAGAUAUAAAUGUUAGGUUUCAUUUAGGUUUACUCAGAGAUUGAAAUCAAAGUUAAAGAAAAUCAGUUUAUCAAGCUGAAAAGGGGAUCUAUAGUUCUGAAAGGUUCUCGGUAUAUGUAUAACUCGAUUCAUUUAGGCAAUGGCAAAACAAAAGGUUAAAAGGUAGCUACUACAUUUUCUUCAUGUAAAUAUGAAAUAAUUCUUGUAUAUGGUUUGACAUAAUAGCUUAUGUGAAGCUUUUCUUUCCACUAAUGUAAUUUGUUUUGUGUUAUCCUAUUUGUUGAAUACGACUUGCUUUUUUGUUGUUGCAUGUCUCUUGGAAUCACUAACUGAGAAAAGCAUCACACAUGAACUGAGCAGGAAAAAAAAAUCUAUUUCAAAAAUAGGUAAAUAAAAAAAUUAGAUAAACAUGUGUAUGGGCUGUGAAAUGGCAGGUUAGUUGUGUGAUGGACUUGACUGUAUUUGCUUAUAAUUGUCUUCCAUUAUUUCAACAAAACUGCAAAUGAUACCAUUUGUCUCUGCACAUGCUAUUCUGACAAGCAGGUCUAUCAGUGAGACAUUUUAUUAGAUUGGCAAUUAAAAAUACCAUCUAUUGUGAGCAAAUGCUUUCUUUGACUUUACAAAUAGCUGCAGCAAAAACCAAAAUUGUUCUCAUUUGUACUCCAUGUUGCUUGUCUGCAAGUGCUUUGUUUGAAAUGUGUUCUCAUUUGAUUUUAAAACUAAAGGCACCAACUUCAUUGAUUCUGUGUAGCACCAGAAAGAUGUCUUCGAACUUAUUUCUUUCUUAUGUCAUUAUAUAUCUACUGCUCUGAAACCAUUUCCCUUCCUACUGCUUCUGUGUGGCUCAAAGGGGAUGGCAGUAAACUUGCAGCCUUGUCUGGGAAGUUGCCCUUGGUCACCGUAUGAUGCUUUACUGCUGUUAACAGCACAGGAAACCGACUCUAUAGGCUUGUGAUCAAUGUUUUCAAUGAGUAAAAUAAAGAUUUUUCUCAAUUUUUUUUCUUCAUAAAAUGAA